AUGGAAAAACCAUACACACGACGGCACAAUCACUUUAAAGGGCUAAAAGUGAUCAACUUCAGAUUCACCAAUAAGGUCUUACAAAAUGAGCUGGACGAGGCGGUCCUCAACCUUCACAUCCAGGAGUUGGAGUCGAGAAACACCACCAUAGAUCCUGAUGAGCCGUUCACCAUCAACCUGCAAGUCAGUAGGGUGACGAGGAACAACCAGGGCAGCAAAGCUUCGGUUCCUUACACUGAUAAUUCUGUAAAGAUGGUCAGAAGUGAGCUGAGGGCUGGAAAAUGGUUGAAGGUUAACAUAACCACGAUGGUUGCGGAGUUUUGUCGACUGCCGCGGGAGAAUUUAGCAAUAGUAGUGAGAGUACAAGACUCAAAGAAUAGAAUGAGUUUGGUUGUGCCACAUCCAAGCUCUGAAUCAAAUAAUGCUUUGAUGCCAUACAUAGAAGUAAGUCUAAAGGACAAUUCACACAAACGCACGCGCCGUACUAUUGGCAUGGACUGCACCGAAAACUCUAAAGAAGCGCGCUGCUGUCGGUACCCCCUCGUGGUGAACUUCGAAGAAUUCGGCUGGGACUGGAUCAUCGCGCCCAAAGUUUAUGACGCCAACUAUUGCAGUGGGGAGUGCCCUUACAGCUUCCUACAAAACGUCCUCGAAAACUAUCGAGCAUCCUCGAAAUCGAUCGAGCGUCCUCGAAAACUAUCGAGCAUCCUCGAAAUCGAUCGAGCGUCCUCGAAAACUAUCGAGCAUCCUCGAAAUCGAUCGAGCGUCCUCGAAAUCGAUCGAGCGUCCUCGAAAACUAUCGAGCGUCCUCGAAAUCGAUCGAGCGUCCUCGAAAUCGAUCGAGCGCCCUCGAAAUCGAUCGAGCGUCGUCGAAAUCGAUCGAGCGUCCUCGAAAACUAUCGAGCGUCCUCGAAAUCGAUCGAGGGUCCUCGAAAACUAUCGAGCAUCCUCGAAAUCGAUCGAGCGUCCUCGAAAUCGAUCGAGCGUCCUCGAAAUCGAUCGAGCGUCCUCGAAAACUAUCGAGCGUCCUUGAAAACUAUCGAGCAUCCUCGAAAUCGAUCGAGCGUCCUCGAAAACUAUCGAGCAUCCUCGAAAUCGAUCGAGCGUCCUCGAAAUCGAUCGAGCGUCCUCGAAAACUAUCGAGCGUCCUCGAAAUCGAUCGAGCGUCCUCGAAAUCGAUCGAGCGCCCUCGAAAUCGAUCGAGCGUCCUCGAAAACUAUCGAGCGUCCUCGAAAUCGAUCGAGCGUCCUCGAAAACUAUCGAGCAUCCUCGAAAUCGAUCGAGCGUCCUCGAAAACUAUCGAGCGUCCUCGAAAUCGAUCGAGCGUCCUCGAAAUCGAUCGAGCGCCCUCGAAAUCGAUCGAGCGUCCUCGAAAACUAUCGAGCGUCCUCGAAAUCGAUCGAGCGUCCUCGAAAACUAUCGAGCAUCCUCGAAAUCGAUCGAGCGUCCUCGAAAACUAUCGAGCGUCCUCGAAAACUAUCGAGCGUCCUCGAAAUCGAUCGAGCGUCCUCGAAAACUAUCGAGCAUCCUCGAAAUCGAUCGAGCGUCCUCGAAAUCGAUCGAGCGUCCUCGAAAACUAUCGAGCGUCCUCGAAAACAAUCGAGCGUCCUCGAAAACUAUCGAGCGUCCUCGAAUACUAUUGAGCGUCCUCGAAAACAAUCGAGCAUCCUCGAAAUCGAUCGAGCGUCCUCGAAAACAAUCGAGCAUCCUCGAAAACAAUCGAGCAUCCUCGAAAUCGAUCGAGCGUCCUCGAAAUCGAUCGAGCGUCCUCGAAAACUAUCGAGCAUCCUCGAAAUCGAUCGAGCGUCGUCGAAAUCGAUCGAGCGUCCUCGAAAACUAUCGAGCGUCCUCGAAAACAAUCGAGCAUCCUCGAAAUCGAUCGAGCAUCCUCGAAAACAAUCGAGCAUCCUCGAAAUCGAUCGAGCGUCCUCGAAAUCGAUCGAGCGUCCUCGAAAACUAUCGAGCGUCCUCGAAAUCGAUCGAGCGUCCUCGAAAACUAUCGAGCGUCCUCGAAAACGAUCGAGCAUCCUCGAAAUCGAUCGAGCGUCCUCGAAAACUAUCGAGCAUCCUCGAAAUCGAUCGAGGGUCCUCGAAAUCGAUCGAGCGUCCUCGAAAACUAUCAAGCGUCCUCGAAAACAAUCGAGCGUCCUCGAAAACUAUCGAGCAUCCUCGAAAUCGAUCGAGCGUCCUCGAAAACAAUCGAGCGUCCUCGAAAUCGAUCGAGCGUCCUCGAAAACAAUCGAGCAUCCUCGAAAUCGAUCGAGCGUCCUCGAAAACUAUCGAGCGUCCUCGAAAUCGAUCGAGCGUCCUCGAAAACUAUCGAGCGUCCUCGAAAACUAUCGAGCGUCCUCGAAAACUAUCGAGCAUCCUCGUAAACUAUCGAGCGUCCUCGAAAUCUAUCGAGAGAUACUCGAAACCUAUAUCUAUCGAGUAUACUCUAUCAUUUUCGAGAGAUAG